AAAUGUUUACUACUGCCAUGUCGAAACCUUCAAUUCUUGAAAAAAUCUACGCCCAGCGCGCAAAAGAUGUCGAAUUGGUUUCAUCGACGCCUGGUACAUUGCCAGAAGAUAUUGACACCUACCUUUCGAUGAACCUUGCCCCACCGCUCACCUCCUUUGGCGAGCGUCUGAAGCAGAACCCAGCCAGCUCAUCCUCCACUUCUAUCUCUCUCAUGGCAGAAAUCAAGCGUGCUAGCCCAUCAAAAGGGCCCAUUGCGAUGAAAAUUAACCCCGCCCAGCAAGCGCAAACUUACGCUAGUGCUGGAGCAUCCGUCAUUUCUGUCCUUACUGAGCCGAGCUGGUUCAGGGGCUCACUUCUCGACAUGCGACUAGUGCGCCAGGCGAUUGACUCUCUGUCAGACCGACCCGCGGUACUUCGCAAGGAUUUCAUCUUUGACACAUAUCAAAUCGCGGAGGCUCGGCUCUUCGGUGCAGAUACCAUUCUUCUUAUUGUCGCUAUGCUUCAAGCCGAUCAGCUGAAGAUACUGUAUGACUACGCGUUGAAGCUGGGCAUGGAGCCUCUUGUGGAGGUGAACAAUGCAAAGGAGAUGGAAAUCGCCUUGGCGUUGGGAGCAAAGGUCAUCGGCGUGAACAACCGGAACCUUCAUGAUUUCCAGGUGGAUAUGGGGACGACGAGUCGAUUGGCGCAGAUGGUUCGAGAAAGAGAUGUCGUCCUGUGUGCCCUGAGCGGGAUUUCCAAUCCGAAAGACGUACAGACAUACAAAAACGAAGGAGUUCGUGCCGUGCUCAUUGGCGAGGCGUUGAUGAGAGCAGAGAAUACCAGCCAAUUCAUUGCCGAACUUUUGGGAUGGUCAUGAUUGACACGCACCUUAUAUGUAAUUGUCGAUGCGGAUCACGGAGCGGUGGUUUGAAAGAGUUGAAAGUUCGCGCUUUUUUGAAUUCAAUAAUAUGCUCAGGAUUGGAAAAAAUCUCGGCGGACAUGUGAGAAUCACGCAUAAAUCUGCAUUUCCCAUUCAAAUCUGUCGCAUUGUUCAAAUUUGAUUUCACGUUGGCUUGGAAUAGCCAUCGUUAUAGUUCUUUCAGUUCUUUCAAAUCUG